AUGGACUUCACUCGUCUAACUCUAGAUAUACCCCUUCUGCUAGACUCCAGUCAGGCUUGGGGUCCAGAGCGAAUCCUCGAGGAGCAAUCAUUCAUAGACACUGUUCCAAGGAAUGAUGAAGGCUUUUCUCUUCUCCCCCAGUUCGAGCAGAGCUACACCUCCCAGGAGUCCGAGUUCGGUCUGGAUGAUUCGCCGGAAUUCGAAGACUUAUUAUGUGGAUUUGCAGAACAAAUUGAGUCACAACGUCCAGCCCUCAUUGAGACUUCGCAGGAAGCCCAACUCGAAAGCUUCAUGGAUCCUGAACAUGAGGAUGCGGAAGGAGAAACGCUCAUCUCUCGUAGCAGUCAAAAUAAAGAAAACGACCCCGCUACUGCGGAGAUAAAGGGGGGAGAUGCCUCAUCGUCUCGGGUGUCUCACCUCAGCUGGGAUUGCAAAAGCACCGAGAUUGAUUUCUCGAGCUAUACUGUCACCUCUCAGGCUAGAUACGAGGUAGAAAGGACUUUCCAGGAGUCGAAAAGCCGGGGUGCCGUUAACAGAGCGGUUGCAGCUGUUCUCGGGAAUGAGACAGCCAACUGUACUUUGGGGGAGGUGAUCGGUCGGAUGAAGAGGGAGUUCCUUAAAGAGACAGGCGAAAGUGUAUUGUCGCAACCGAUGGGCCCAUUCUUCAGUAAUACCAACUUUUCUGCGGAAUUCGAUGACUAUACCCAACAGGCAGGGGUGUUAGAAGUCAAAAAGAAACAAGGAUCAGGGUAUUACGUCGGAGUUAAGCUAAAGCCCUUGACGAGGGAGGUAUAUUCCCACCGAUUCAAUCGAGAGUUUGGUUCACGUUUUCUAAAGUUGAGUCGCCCACGUCACUUUCAAGGCUCGCUUGGGCGCCUUACGCUCGAGGCUCCUCUCUGCGAUGCCAUCAUGCGGGGAAUGGAUAUUCUAGGGCGGCAUUGGGAGGCGAUACAUGCAUCAGAUAUAUCGAAGGCAGAUAAGGAAGCAGACAUGGAAUCAUCCUCCGUCAUAAUGUUUGCGGUCUCCGGCGACGAUAUUCCAACUCAAGCUGUUUCCCAGCCCAUCAAAUGGAUGAUUUCCCCAUCUCAGAACCAGGAGAUGUCCACGGCAAAGUACAAUGCUAGGAUUAAACUCGGGUUUUCGAGAACAGUUCUUGUUCCGCUCGAAAAUGUACAAAUUAAAGAAGAAAAGGAUUUAGUUUCUACGAUUAAAUUUCCCAUGACCGAUGGAUGUGGUACAGCUACCUUUGCUGUUCUUAAGGCUAUCGCUGAGAAAAUGGGACUCGAUUAUGUUCCGUCAUACUUCCAAAUUCGGCAUGGGGGUAGGAAGGGCUUAAUCUUGUUAGAUGUAGAGAACAGUGACUCGGAAUCGCUCCGAAUUACAUACCGAAAGACACAAAUCAAGUUCGAAACUCGACAAGACCUAAAUAUCGAAGUCGUGGAUUAUGCGAGACCUUUGAAGCGAGGGAAAAUCACAUCCCAAUUCCUUACGAUCCUCCAUAACGGAGGAGUCUCUAAAGAGACCCUUGGAAAUCUUGCUAAAGAGGAGAUUGAGAAGGAUGGGAUCUGGGAACUCCUGGAACGGGCUGGUGACCCAUCCUUCGUAAAAAACUUUUAUCAAAGCGGCGCCUUAAAAAAACGGAGAGACAAAGAUGGAUGCUUCAAGUAUGCCGGCUCAAUGCCCGCCUCCGCCGAGGAGCGAAUCAUUCAAAUGGUCGAUGCUGGAUUUGCCGUUUCUGAGUGUCUCGUACUCAAAAAUUUGAUUUCCGGGUGCAAUAAGAACCGACUCGAUUCCUGGAAUGACCUAAAAUUCACCAUCUCAGAAUCUACGUCGGUCAAAUGUGCCCCAGACUUCAAAAAGGUUCUCAGAGAAGGCGAGGUUUUCCUUCAAUUUUCAUCAGACGGGUUCGUCUUCAAUGAUAAGCUUCUUAAGUUCUUAUCUGGCAAAGUUUUGGUCGGCCGUUCGCCGGCUUAUAUUGCUUCGGAUAUCCAGUCUGCGAUUGCAGUAAUGAACCCUGAAGUCCUUGAGGCCUAUGGGGAUCUUGUGGACUGUAUUGUGUUUCCCAUAGUGGGAGAGUAUAGCCUUGCUUCCCGUCUAUCCGGGGGAGAUUAUGAUGGAGACAGUGUAUUAGUGAUCUGGGAUCAAAGGGUAGUCGAGCCGUUCAGUUCAAGGCUCCCACCCAAAUCUACCUCAGUUCGGAAGGAUUUGUUUAAAGAAUCUACGGAGCAAGAUACAGUUGGGUGUUAUCUGAAGGAUAAUGAAAUGGACGAAGAUGCAACAAUAAAGGCUAUUCUUCGAGCAGAAAUCCCGAAGAUGUUAUCAGAUUCAAACGUCGGAAUAUGCACUUUGAUGCACAAAAAGGUUUCCUAUUAUCUUGGUAUUGAUCAUCCGUUGUCAAUUCGACUUGCGGAACUUGCUUGUCUUUUACUCGAUGCCCCGAAGCAGGGCUUGACUUUGGAAACUGAACGUUGGGAAAAGAUUCAGAAUGAGGUGGAUCUAAUUCUCAAAAACCGCGCCGAACCCCUUUACUUGAGAAAGGGAGUGACAUACUCUAGGUUCCAGCACGAGGUUCAGACCUUAGAGAGUGUCCACGUCUUGGAUUACAUUAAAGGUACCAUCCUCGGGAUUACAGAGGCCUAUGAGCAAAACUUCAAAGCGAAGUUUCCGGACAUCUUCACCGACCACGACAUAUCCGACUCUUUUAGUGAGGAGCUGGAGUAUUAUAUGAUGACAGCGAGAGAUCCGUCGCGGAGUAAGAAUGCACGCGAAUUAUCAAAUGAGAUAUACGAGGAACUCCUUAGUUUUAGGAAGCACAGAUUAGACAAGAUAGUCAAGGAGUAUGGCCGUAUGUACCCGGGAUCAGAUUUCAAAUCCUUUCAACCCCAAUCCGACAGACAACUCGACAAAGCCAAUAAGGAAAAGCUGUUCGCAAUUUUUCAAGAAAUCGCGCCCAGCACUAGGUCGGAAAACCUAGUGCUAGAAGAUUGGGGCCGUUCUGCUGGCGAGCCAUUUGGGAAAUGGAAUCUUCUGAAGGCCUCCGCACUCUUUCAAAGGUGCUGGGGAAGUAAACCAAUGCUUCCCUUCAUAGUUGCCUGUCCACAACUCUGUUAUCUCAAAGCAAGUGCCAGAGGGCGCCCCUUCCGCCUUGUUCAGGAAGCAGUGUACUUGGAUAUGUAUACGAAAAGACUUAGGCUCAAUACCCAGGUCAUCGAUGCUGAGGCUAGUGAAGUCAAGGAAGGGGGGGCGAGCGGAGCCGGAGGUACUCGAGUUAUUUCUUAG